AUUUUCUCUGUUUGUUAUUUUUUUUAUUAAGGUUACAUUGAUUGAACAUGAAUGAAAACAUAAGAUUAUAUAUAUAUAUAUACAGUAUACAAUAAUUAAUAAAAAUGGAAUUCAUCUUUAUCUUCAAUGAAUAACUAACUAGAUUUUAUAAUUCUUGAAUGGUUUAAAAAUUACAGGUAGGAAUGGCUAGUGCACUGGAAACUCUGUGUGGGCAAGCUUAUGGAGCAGAGGAAUAUAAGAAACUUGGACUUCAAACUUACACUGCUAUUUUUUCUCUGUUUUUGGUCUGUUUUCCUGUAACUUUGUUCUGCUUUCUGGCCUUUUACCAAAUCCACAGCUUGAAACCUCCGUUCUUUCUGUAUGUCUCAAUACCAUUUCGACUCUCUAUACAAUUCCAUUUGGGCUUGGUGCUGCAGCAAGCACAAGAGUUUCGAAUGAAUUAGGAGCUGGAAACCCACAAGCUGCUCGAAUUGCUACAUGUGCAGUGAUGUUUCUUGCAGUGGCAGAAACAAGUAUAGUUAGCACAACCCUCUUCUUCACCCGCAGAAUUUUCGGCUACACUUUUAGCAACGAAAAGGAAGUCGUGGAUUACGUGACCAAAAUGGCUCCUCUGGUUUGUCUCAAUGCUAUUUUCGACAGCUUACAAGGGGUCCUUUCAGGGGUGGCUAGAGGAUGUGGUUGGCAGCAUAUAGGGGCUUAUAUCAAUCUCAGCGCGUUUUAUCUUUGUGGGAUACCAGUUGCUGCCAUUUUGGGUUUCUGGUUUCAGCUUAGAGGAGAGGGUCUCUGGAUUGGAAUUCAACUUGGUUCUUUUAUGCAAACUGUUCUGCUUUCUCUUGUAACUAUUAGUACAGACUGGGAGAAACAGGUCUACAUAUAUAUUCCAUAUCUAUUAGUACAGACUGGGAGAAACAAUGAGAAGAGAAAGAAGAAGGCAAACUCACAGAUUCAAGAAGAAGAACACAGAGCUUGAUCUGGGCAGAGGCACGCGAGAGACACCACCAACGCCUUCGAUGAGCUCCGGACAGAAAUUUGACCCAGGGGGAAGGACUGGUUAGCUUAAUCCCCCUCUCGGGGGAUUAUUUCACUGUAGCGGCUAACUUAUCCGCUCCUUCAUUUGUUCCUUCCAAACACCGGAUUGGGACACAAUCCUGUCCAAUCCGGUGAAACAAACACGCCCUAAGGGUUUUAAAAAAAAAAAAAAAAAAAAAAAAAAAGGGUUUUGAAAUCACUUACCUGCCUUUUUGGAUUCUGGGCUUGACAAAAUAGUACAAAUGACUCUCCAACAAUAACGGACUGGAAUAACAUAUAUACCUCAACUUGGUGCCAAAACUUCUUUAAGAUUCUAUCGAAACCAGGGGGCUUAGUUAUGAACAUGUUUCUGUUUUAAGAUUGAUUUUUGCUGCAAGCGUUAAUGGAAAUUAAAAUGAUGAUCUUUCUUUA